UGCAGCGAGCAGCUUGCUACUCGCGAGGACGUUGUAACCUCUCUUCUGGACUUGAGCAUGCUCCAGGCUCGUGAGGAGCGACUCACCCUCCAUGUCGCUGCACUGCCUCGCCUUCUCGCCAUCCUCUCUGACCCUGAUCGCACCCUCCCGAUCAUCCCAGUACGACUUGGGACAUCCACGAGGGUGUACUCAGCGCUGUGGGAUUCCGGUUCUCAGGGCGACUUCAUUCACCCACGCGUGGUGAAGGAAGCCCGUUUACCCACCACAGGGUCUCCGACUCACAUCUCCGUUACCCUAGGGGAUGACAAGAUCCAGCGCUUCUUUGAUCAGACGGUCACCGACCUCCCCUUCUUCCUCACUCUCGAGCCGACUGAUCAUUCCCCGGCGUCUCGUCGCCACUGCUCCUCUGCACAUUUCGAUGUGAUGGAGACGGGGUACGACUUCAUUCUCGGCACUCCGUGGUCUUGUCGGUUCCGCAGCACCGAGGCCGAUUGGGCGACCAACACUCUCGUUCUCAAAACGAAGUAUGGACAGACGUAUCGCGUACCUUUCAUAGGUACCACGGCGAUACCACGCCCCGAUCCUCCUCCCCCGGAGCCUUCAGUGCCCACACCACCCCCCUCUAUCACUGUCACCUCGCCUCGGCAGUUCGCUCACUUCAUUCGACAGGAUGACGUCACCUUCUUUAUGGUGGACGUAACGGAUCUCUUACACUAUGAUCCACCCUGUCCCGACGUCGACCUCAUUCCUCUGGAGCCAGAUCCUCCCUCUAUCUCCAUGGCUCCCAUCUCUACUUUCGUCCCUCCGCCGUCCGUCGAGUCCACCCCGUCGUCGGGCGUUGACGCUGACGCUGAGGAACUCGCACGAUAUACGGCUGACCUGGAGCCCGCAGUUCGUGACCUCAUCCAAGAGUACCACGACGUUUUCCCAUCGUCGUUCUCGUACGCCAGCAUCCCACCGAUGCGUGACGUCGAGCACUCCAUUCAGCUUGUGCCUGACUAUCGUGUUCACCACCAGGCACCCUACAGACUCUCGAUUCCCGAGGCCACCGAACUCAAGCAUCAGCUUGAGGAGCUCCUGAGACUGGGUUUCAUUAAACCCAGCAACUCCCCGUGGGGUGCACCCGUCCUCUUUGCUCGCAAAGCGGAUGGAACUCUCCGUCUCUGCAUCGACUAUCACGGUCUCAACCGCUACACGGUUAAGAACAGCUACCCCAUGCCUCGUUCAGAUGAGCUGUUCGAUCGCCUAACAGGCAACCGCUUCUUUACGAAGAUUGAUCUUCGUAGCGGUUACCAUCAGAUCCGCGUCGCCGCAGCCGACCAACCGAAGACAGUGUUCCGAUCGCGCUUCGGCCACUACGAGUUUACGGUGAUGCCAUUCGGUCUCAGCAAUGCACCCGCCACCUUCCUGAAGGCGAUGAACGACAUCUUUAGGGACAUCCUGGAGCAGUACGUUCUUGUCUACCUCGACGGUAUCCUGGUCUACAGUCGUACCCUUGAGGAGCACCUCAGACACCUCCGCGACGUCCUUGACCACUUGCGCAGACAUGGCUUCUACGCCAAGCUGAGCAAGUGCUGCUUUGCCCAGCACAAAGUGGAUUUCUUAGGACAAUACGUGUCUGACCAGGGUCUGCAUAUGGACGACGUGAAGAUCACUGCUAUUGCGGAGUGGCCCGCCCCCACAUCCGCCAAGCAGCUUCGCAGCUUCCUAGGCCUGACCAGCUAUUAUAGUAACUUCAUCCGGGGAUACGCUAGGUAUUCCUACAUCCUUACCUCCACCCUCCUCUGAAAGAACCCACCCUGGGCUUGGACACCCCUCCACGAGGACGCCUUCCGCGCCCUCAAGAAGGCGGUGACAUGCGCACCGUUC